UACUAAAAAAAAAAACGUUUAUCUUCUGAAUUUUUACAGCAACAAGGCGAUUCCCGCCGAGCCAGAUGCGACAGUGAGCGGAGCAACAGGCAACCCAGAAAUACAGCAACAGAACGCAACCGAAUCUAAACAAGCAACCCCAAACUCAAUCAAAUCUGCAGCAUACUCACAAAAAUCAACCGCAUCUGUGCAAUCAGUUACACUCGACAAUUUUAACGACAAGGCUUCACGAAAUAGUGCCAGCGCAGACCAAGACGAUACAACUGAUAACAGCUCGCCUCUACAAAUGGGUGCACUACAGGAUGUAUGUAGCGAUAAUGAAUCCACCAGUCCAUCUCCCACGAAAUGGAGAAGCGACCCAGACGUCUUACAGCUGGAAGAUGUUCAGGACAUAACCACUUCGAGAGUCACAUUGAGUGGCAAUAAUACGCCGCUUCAGAAAAACGGCAGCUUGGCCAGUUUGCAAAGCAAAAGCGAUAGCAUUAAAACUCAGCUUGGCGAUACGCCUACCGUGUUGUCACGAGCACAAUCUGCAAAGUCGUUGUUGAUUGAAGAAGACAUAGAGGAUGAUAGCAGCUUUGUAGUUAUGGAUGAGCAGCAUACUGAACGACAUGAAAGUCAUAUUCACGGGCAAGCACUUGAGAAAAGUGCACACAGUAAAGAUGGCACAUCAAAGAGCGAAUAUGAAUAUACGCAUGUCGCUGCAAAAAUGGAUGAUGCCGCAUGCCAAUGCAAUACCGUGCCAUCACAAUCGCAAACACCCAGCAACUCACGUCCACAAUCGCAAACACGUUCGCGAUCACCUACAAUAGCAGAGUUAAAAAUUCUUUCGCGUCGCAAUUCAAUGAUCAAAUCCAUGGAAUCGCUAUACGAGCGUCCACCGUCGAAGCAAGAGCUGAUUUACGACAACACCAGCACUGAAUCAGGUUCUGCAGCAAGCUCUCAACUCAAUACCACCAUACCUAUUAAACCACAGCAUACUCCGCUAAAGCAAAAGGCGAAAACAUCACACUUCUUGAAAAAUCAUCGUCGCAUUUCGCCCGUAAAGCAAGCGAUAAAAAUGCCACCAGCUGAGCUCUAUCCACCAACACUGCAGCGCUUCGAAAAACCUCGUGAUGCCUUGCUAAAGACUUUCGAUCAGCUCGACUCGAGUAACUGGGAAAUUAUCAUGCUGGGUCUUAAAUCUAUGGUGCGCAUGAUGCGUCAUCACCCAGAGCAUUUGGAAAAUCAAAUGCAUAUGGUUUGCAUACAGCUGACACGAUCGGUGCGUAAUCUGCGCUCGCAAGUAGCGCGCGCCGCAUGUCAGGCUGCCACCGAACUUUUCACGCUCAAAUCGAAGUGUCUGGAGCAGGAAUGCGAUGAUUUGGUAUGUGGGCUGCUGCAUCGUACUGCUGACACAAAUCGAUUUCUGCGUGCCGAUGCGACACGUGCCCUGGAAUCAAUGUGUGAUAAUUUAACGCCAACAAAAGUACUUAACAUACUCACCACAAAGGGUGCACUACAUCAGAAUGCAUUGGUGCGUACGACUGCUGCUAAACUGUUGCAUCGUCUUGUGGAGCGUCUGGGCAGUGAUAAGGUGUACACGAUGCAGCGUGAAAAUCGUGAUAAAUUCUUUGUCACAAGCGCCAAUUUACUCUUGGAGGGCAGCCUAGAAACGCGCAGCUACGCUAAGUCAAUAUUUCGACUGCUCUCCAAUCAUCCGAACUACAACCGUCUAGUCAUAGAAGUGAUACCAACGCGUACAUAUCGGAAUGUUGAGAAAACGUUGAAGAGUAUACGUUAAAUAAUUACUGAAUUAGAGCGUAUAUUAAAAUUAGUUUUGAAGUAAUAUAACCAAUUUGUACAUACAAGUGUAUUUAAAUAGUUUUUUGACGAUUUUUUGAAAACGAAUUGCUAACUGGCACAUUAGAUUAAUUGUGAUUUGAUGACAAUUGUAAUUACACGUACAUAUUUUAUUUACAGUUUUAGGUUUUUAGAAUAUACAUACAUAUGUAAGUAAUGUACAUGAAUCAAGUAUAUAAGUAAUCAAUAUGAAUAUCGCAAUUUAAAUUACAUAUAUUUAAAAUGUAUAAGAUAAUCGUUUUAAUGGAUGCAUGCAAAUACAUAUUUAUGUUUUAAUAAAGAUGAACUGUUAUAAAUGA